UUGCGUUGGCAGUGAUCUCCCUGACCAAAGAGACCUGCAGAGCAAAGGCUAUACAAUUUCAUUUUGUCUCUGCAUUGUCUUGGGCAAACCUAAGUUUUACCAUUUCUAACUGAGCUACUACUCUUCAAAGAAUUUCAGGAGCCAGACGUGGGUUAGUAUAGAAAUGGUAGUGGUUAUUUUUAUGCUUCAUGCUUUUUUUUCUUCUUCAUUGCAAGCUAUGCAGAUUAUUUGAUCUAUGGAAGGGAAAUUUCUCCUUCCCAGAGAAGUUUAGCUUACUUUAGCCAAAUGCAAUCACUUCGCUCUAUUUCCUUUCCCAUAAAGCAUCGCUCCUUCCUCCAACACCUCGUUUUCCUAGGAAUAGCAGUAAAGUGCCUGAGGCAAAACAGUGGUCUGCAAAGAGUUGCCUGAAAAUUCUAAACAUACAUCUUCGUCCCCCACCUCUUGUAACCCGGUAAGCCUCAAGGGUGGUGUUCUCAUUCGCUGGCUGUAUCACGAGGCCACACACGAGAUGACUACAACUCCCAGGAUGCCGAUCGGUCCCGCCCCGCCCCCCUUUUCCAGCUGGAAAGCGUUUAUCAUAGAGAAGACGAGGCAACAUGGCUCCCGGAGGUGGAAGGAAGAAGCUUCACCACCUUUGAAAUGGUGACGAGCAGUGGAAGAGGACAAAAAAGAGAGACGUGACGACAGCCUUGACAGCGCUUUUGUCCUCCCAGCCUCUCCAGGGUCUGGUCAGCCUCACCCCUCCUCUCCAUCCUUAUCCAAUCUGUGGUCUCUUUCCCUCCGCUUCCCAGUCCCCGCAUCCCUCCCGUCGGGAAUCCUGUCCCCGCCCCCCUCGCCCCCCACGGAGUGCGCACGCGCUCGCCCCCAGCUUCGCGCCCAGAUCUUCGCCAGCUUGCUUGCGCAGCCGCUGUCUCAUCUGCCCACUGACCAAGCAUGGGCGUCCAGGGCUUCCAAGAGUUCCUGGAGAAGCGCUGUCCGGGGGCCGUGGUGCCCGUGGAUCUUCUCAAACUCGCGCGCACCGUUUCACGCCAGCAACAGCAGCAGCACCUGCACCGCCAGCUGCCGCCGACGGCAGCCUUAGCGCCCGGGGCUGCGCGCGCCACCCGGGGCUCCGGUCCUCUUCCGCCGCCGUUCCCGCCUGCUGCCUUGGGUGCCUACGCCGGGGGCGCGGGGCCCGCUCGGCACCAUCACCCUGCUCACCACUUCCAUCACCACGGCCAGGCGCAGCCCGGGCUGCCCCCGCCGCUGCCCCCGCCGCCCCCUCCGCUGCCUGGGGCCCGGGUGCUAGUAGACGCGGGCUCAGCGCUGCCGCGGCUCUAUGGCGGCUACCAGACGGAUUGGGUGUGUGGCGGCCAAUGGAACGCCAUGCUGGGCUACUUGUCAGCGCUGUGCCAGGCUUGUGCCUAUCCCGGCGGCGACGGCCUGGAGCUGGUGGUUAUGUUCCCGGGGGGCCUGGGCAAGGACCGAUUGGCCGAGUGGGGCCGUCGGUGCCAGGCCGAGCGGCAGACAGCGCAACUGAUCGUGGGACACGUGGGCAACAAGGGCACCCCUCCACCGCGGGCCUGGUUCCUGCCACCUGCCUGCCUGAGCCACUGCGUGAGGCUAGCACUCAUCCGCUUCCGGGUCAAGGUCUUUCAGAGCCUUGAAGACCACCAUUUGGAAGUGGUGGCUUUUUUUCGGGACAAUGGCUUUCAUGGCCUUCUUGCUCAUGACUCCGAGUAUGCUCUCUACAAUAUUCCCUUUUACUACAGUUCUCAUGCUUUGAAGCUGAGCUGGAAUGGAAAGAACCUCACUACCAACCAGUUCCUGAUGCAAGAGGUAGCCAAGCAGCUGGGUCUGAAGCGGAUGAAUUUCCCCAUUUUUGCAGCACUGCUAGGUAACCACAUUCUCCCAGAUGAGGACUUGGCUGCCUUUCACUGGAGCUUGUUGGGACCAGAACAUCCUCUUGCAUCACUGAAGGUCCGAGCUCAUCAGCUGGUUCUCCCACCCUGUGAUGUGGUAAUCAAGGCUGUUUCUGAGUAUGUUAGUUCCAUCAAAGACCCCUCAAACUUGGAUGUUGUUGGGAAGGAUGUUUUCAAGCAAUCUCAGUCCAGGACAGAAGAUAAAAUAGAACGAUUCAAAAAAGCAGUUGAAUACUAUUCAGUCACAACGAAACUCUCUUCGCUACCAGUGGGUCCCUCCUUUCUAGGCUUUCGAAAUAAUCGGAUUGGAAAUCCUCCUCUUCCACGAAAUCAAGUAGGCACCAUUUCUGCUGGAAAGCCAAUGUUUUCUCACCAAAUGCCCCAGAAAACGAAAUAUCCACCACCGUUCCCAAUGGGACCCAACUCAUCCCUCCUCUUCUCCUCCCCCCACCCUCUGGGAGAAUCCAGUGCUUUUUCUGAGGAUCCCAUGCUACAGGACAACCCCUUUGCCAGUUGGGCUGUCUCUUAUGACAAUUCUGCAUCCCAGUUUCCCAAUUACUUGACUUCCAAAACAUCACAUCAUUUGGGACCAGACUCCUCUCAUUCCUCUUCCUCUGAUGGGGAUGAGCCAAAUGGAACCAAUUCUGAUCAUAUCACAGAAGCACUUCAACAGCAACCUGGAUGGGAAGAUGCCAGUGGCGACCGAGGGUCUUGGGUACAACCUGCUAAUGCAGGAGUAUCAGAAGCCAGCCUGGGGGAUGAAGAACCUCACAUCCCAUCUCUGUUAUCUAUGUCUACAAGGAGUCACAUGGACAUCACCAUUCCACCCUUACCUCCAGUAGCUCCAGAAGUUUUACGAGUUGCUGAACACAGACACCGGAGAGGUCUUAUGUAUCCAUAUAUCUACCAUGUUCUCACUAAGGGUGAGAUUAAGAUCCCUGUAUGUAUUGAGGAUGAAUGUAAUAUGGAGCUUCCUCCAGCUGCUCUCCUAUUCCGGUCUGCUCGGCAGUAUGUGUAUGGAGUCCUUUUUAGUCUGGCAGAGACACAGCGAAAAUUGGAACGCCUGGCCAUACGUCGGCGGCUACCUGUGGAAGUUCCUUCGGUGAUUCUUAAGGAAUGGUCUGCUUAUAAAGGGAAGUCACCUCAAACCCCUGAGCUGGUAUCUGCACUGACAUUUCGAGAAUGGACUUGCCCAAACCUCAAGAAGCUCUGGCUAGGCAAAGCAGUUGAGGACAAGAACCGUAGGAUGCGGGCUUUCCUGGCCUGUAUGAAGUCAGAUACCCCCAGUAUGCUUAAUCCAGCGAAUGUCCCCACCCAUCUGCUGCUCAUGUGCUGUGUACUCCGGUACAUGGUUCAGUGGCCUGGUGGCCGAAUCCUGCAUCGCCAUGAGCUAGACACCUUUCUUGCACAAGCAGUAUCUACCCAACUUUAUGAACCAGAUCAACUUCAAGAACUCAAGAUUGAGAAACUAGAUGCCCGAGGAAUCCAGCUUGCUGCCCUCUUCAUGAGUGGGGUUGACACAGCUCUAUUUGCUAAUGAUGCCUGUGGCCAGCCAGUCCCUUGGGAACAUUGUUGCCCCUGGAUUUACUUUGAUGGCAAGCUGUUCCAGAGCAAGCUCAUUAAAGCAGGUCGAGAACGAGUAUCCCUGGUUGAACUCUGUGAUGGCCAGGCUGACCUGGCAACCAAAGUAGAAAAGAUGAGACAGAGUAUCCUUGAAGGAGUCAACAUGAAUCAUCCACCACCUUCUGCUCUUCUUCCAUCACCUACUUUUGUACCUCCCAUGGUACCAUCUCUCUACCCGGUUUCACUUUAUUCCCGAGCCAUGGGCUCAAUGCCACCUCCUCCUCAAGCAAGGAGCAGGGGGUUUGCAGGUCUCCAUCCAAUCCCUCCUCAAGGAGGAAAACUAGAGAUUGCUGGGAUGGUGGUGGGCCAGUGGGCUGGCAGCAGAUCCUCCAGAGGUCGAGGAUCCUUUGGCAUGCAGGUGGUUUCUGUUGGUGGGCCUGGAAAGGGGCAUGGAAAAGAACCAAGUGGUAGAGGGCCCAAAGGACACAAAAAAGGAAGUAAACAAGGCUCUACAGAUGGAAUUUCUAAAUCUCUAGAGCUUCAUCAAGGUCGAUCCCACUCCCAGAUAAAUGGAAACAAUGGCACAUUGAUUAAGGAAGAGAAAAAUGAUCGUCUUCCAGCUCCUUCACAGUGUGCCUUAUCCAGAGACAGCAAUGUAUGUGAUAAUGGUAACCGCUGCUUCCCUGUGAAGAAUGGAGAGAAGAACCACUUACAAGAGCAAAAGCUAGAAACGGUAGCACAUGGGAAAGAGGACUAGAGGACUAACAAGCUGAACAUAGACUUACCAGUUAGGAAGAGGGGAAAACUGUACUUUUCUGAUUGGAGGCCCAAGUUAGAGGAGGCUAUAAAUGCUCACCCUUGAUUUGUCCAGGAUUUUCAUGGGAUGUCCUAUUGUAUACACAUUUUCCCCUUCCAUAUUUUUUUCUCUGGGGCUCCAGACUUCGAAAGCUGGGAAAAUUCUGUUUAAAGAUGAAUAGCAACAAGACUAGCUCUAAUUCUUAAAUUGAAUCUAUCGCACCAGUAUUCACUUUAUCUCCACUGGGAGUCUAGUAAGGCAGUAACUGUCAGAAAGAAAGCAAGGGUUAACACAUAAAGUCCUAUGGUAAAAUUCCAGCUUUGUUUUUCUAAGUGUUUAACAUUAUAGUCAUUUACACACUUGUGUGAUAAAUAUGGGAUUGAGGGGACAACUGUCUAUGGCUUCCUGAUUUUUUUUUCUUUAUGAGGUGAUGGGGAGGCCUUGAUAUAAGAUCUGUAUCCACCUCCUCUUCAUUCUUUUUUUCUAACUCAUCUACUCCAGGAUUUUGUAUGCCACCUCUAGCUCUGGCCUGACAAUCAGAUAGGUAGAUGUUUUCAGGGCAGUGAGUAGUAUUGGUUAUUUUAUUUUGUGUUUUAUUUUAUACUUUUUUAAAAAAACAAAAAAACAAACUACCAAUGGCCUUUGUACUGGGAGAUUCAAGUGAGUCAGAAAAGUACUGGGCAGAUUUUUCCUGCCUCUCAACCAGUGCAUUGUUUGUAAAAUAGAAGAUAUGGUGCAGUUCACCCACUCUCUGCUGCCCACACCCUGAAAGGGUAAGAAUCAAUGUUAUGAAACUGAGUACAAAAGGGACUCAAAAGACUCAGUGUGUAUGUGUGUGUUAUGUGUGUAUGGGUGUGUGUAUGGGUGUGUGUAUAUAUAUCUAUAUAUAUAUAUAUGAGAAUGUGUGUAUCUGUACGCAUACACAUACCCUUUAUAUAAAGAGACAGAUCUAUUUAUCUAUACAUAUUUUAUAUAUAUAUAUAAAUGUGUGUGUAUAUGUAUAUGUAUACACAUGCAUACCUACAUGGUGAUUUCCCAGAGGAUUUACUGAAUUUCCCAGAAAUGCUUCCACUGCUAUGGAGUGGUGGGUUUAAAAGAUCACACUUUAAAUCUGAAAUCCUUACUAAGUCACUGCCCAUCACAAUUAUAAGAAGAUGGGCUACUCUAAAUCAGACACAAGUACUUUCCAGAGAUUGUCUGUUCAGAACAAUAAACACUUGGGUUGUUACAAGCUUCACUUUGAACAGAGCCCUCACAUCCCAUAUACUGAAAAAGGGAGGUUGAAAUGUGAUUGGGAAGAGUUUGGCAUUUCUUUAUGAAGGUUUGGAAAGGAAACGGGGAUGGGAGGUGAUUUCUAUUAGAAAGGCCUUUCAGCCAAUUUUGGAAGAAAUUUCUUGUGGAACUCCAGGAUCAAAUUGGAUCAGGUGAGAAUUGGUUGACAUGAGUCCCUGGAGGGAGAGCUAGCAUUGGAAAGAUGGGGUAGGGAAGUGUGAGGAAAUUUGACAAGUUGAUUUUACAUCCUAGAUUGUUUCAUUUGUUCAUUGACAUUUUGACUACCGGAUCUUUUCAUUUGCUUUGCAAGGAAGACUUCAGAGGACACUAACCUCGGCCUUGAAAAAUACUCUGUAAAAGAUUCUCGGCUCUGUGUGGCCAAGAUCUGUCCAGGAUAAAGAGGCUAUUCCUCCUUGCUGGAAAUAAUCUUGAAACAACCUUGCAUUUCCAGUUUCCCUCCUUGGGAAGCCCUAGUAUGAGGGAUGGAAACAUGGCUGCAACAGAUAAGCAUUAUAUCUUCAUUCAGGAAUUGAGGCUUUCAGCCUCACAUACUUUCUUUUGGGCUUUAUGAUAUUAUUGCCCAAGAAGUACCAUUUCUACAGGAAUACAACUGACUAGACUUCUAGCAGGGUUCUCUUUUUGAAAAAGAAAAUAACCCAUGCACCUUAACCCACAGCAGAUCCUUGGUGAUUUUUUUUCCCAGACAACCAGAAGGCUGUUUGCUAACUGCUCACUUACAAUGACUGUAUCUCAAGAAACUGAAAACUGUCCGGCUAUUUAAUUCUAGUCUGGCCCAGUUUAAAUGAACCCAGUAUUUGCAGGGGAAGGAGCCCUAGAAUGCCUUGCCACCUGCCCAAAUACUUCUUACAUAAACCUAAGAAGGAUGACAAAAGUAUACACUUAGCCAUAUGUAAGCAGGAAAAAGUAUAUGACAACUUUCUCUUUCGAAUGAGCUCCCAAUUUGAUCCCUCUUGGACCUUCCUAACUUUUCACAACAUCUUAAAGGUUAGGACUUUUAGACUCAGCAAGGGAGGGGACUCAGUAAAUUGAGAUGGCUUGGAAUUUUCUUUAUGUGCCACAGAGAGAUGAACCUUUGGAACUCUAAAAGUAACCAGAAUCACUAAACUGUGAGAGAAUGGUUAUACACAUAUGGAUAUAUAUUGAAUAGAAAGUAUUUGGAGUUAAAUGUAAGGUCUCUUUUCAGUUGCUGUUUCCAUGCAUCUUGAAUGUAUCUGACAUAGUCGGGUGCCAGUAUUGUUAACUCACAGCAUUAAGAUUCUUAGUUUGUAGGCAUUCACUGUGAGAAGUAAAACUGCUUCUUUCACAGGGAUGAUUCCAGUUUACCAAAAGGCUUGCUUGUCUCCCUUCCACACACCUUGACUUUUACCUUAGCUUGACCUAGGGUGAAAUAAGUGGUUCACCUCCAACUCUGAUUUUUUUAUUUGUAUUCAGCAUUUGGGGUUUAAAAGAUUGAAAGAAAGAACUAUGAAGGGCCAUAUUCCCAAAUUUAAAUUCAUAUACCAAAACACAUGAAUAAAAGCCACAAAGCUAAGGCUGAUUACUGGAAAACAAACUUUUUUCUAAGCAGAGGACAAAUUGGGGAAGAGAAGGUCUAACUGAUGUUUGCUGUGCCACUUGGAGAGACUCUCAUCCUUUAUCUGAGGUUCCAUUUCUGACUGGGAUGUGGCCACUUUCAAACAAAAUCAUGUUGGAAACCCCAUAAAUGACCCCUUCACUUUGUAUGGCCACAAGCUAAAAAAGACACUGGUUGUGUAUGGCCACUGAUCCCCAAGGGGUUGCAGAUCUUAAUUUCUGCUAGCAUGUCUUGGGGUCAUUCUGGACAGUCUGGUCUGGACCAGACCUGACAGACUUCUGCUCAUCUGUAUCAUUUUCAUUCUGACCCAGUAGAAUUUUGAAUAAACUAAAGCCCAAAAACUGGUACUUAUUUUGGUUAGGGACAUUUGAUUUGUCUCCAUCUUGAUUUUCUGACAUUGUUGGCCAAGUCACAUUACUAUUUUUUAAUCAGAGCAAAACAGCCAGACAAGGCAUUAGGGUGGGUGGUUAAGGUGGGUGGUGGGGGCAGGAAUGCUUAGGUAGGGUAGAAAGAAUAUGGGAGUAGCUUUUUGGUUAUGAUGAGCCAGUCCUUUGGAAUCUUAGAAGGCUCCUGUGGGCAUACCAGUGCCACCAUUUCAGCCUCUAAGACCCCCCCCCCCCCUACACACACACAUACUCCUUUGAAAGGACAAUACAAGUAGACCACAGUUAAGUAGUUAGUGUAAUUCUACUAAGGUUUAAUCAUACUUGUUCACUUCCGGGUGCAUAUUUCCUAAAUAUGCUUGGGGUUGGGUGGGGGGUAAGUUUUCACUAUUCCAUUGUAUUUGCCCUAUAUUUUCCCCUCCCAUGACUUUGGCAUCUUAUUUGACUUGCUCUUUCCCCUUCGCUUAUUGCAGUAGUCUGCUGGUGCAGGUAGACAGCGGCUCAGUGCACCUAUUUCCCUAUUACUGCUGGUUACCUUCAAUAUUGUCCAAGACUAUUUUGGUGUUCAAAAACAACUGUCUUUUUUAAAAAACAAAAUCAUCUUCACCAAGUUAAAAACAAAACAAAACAUCCCCUGUGCUAGGGUGCCCAUUUCAGCUUUUGCCAUUGCCCCUGUACUUUUUAUAAAUGCUGUUUUCAUCUGUGUUGGUAGUAACUAAUGGCUAGUGAAUUUCAUGUAAAUGAAGCAAACUGAAUAUUUCAGAUUUUAUUAAUCUCAUAACCCUGCCAAAUCUGAUGACUUCAUUUUAAUGACUUCCCAGAAGGCAUUUCCCCUCCUACCUUUUAUUUUAUUCUAUUAUUAGACUAACACACUAGAUAAAGAAACUUUAACUGCAAAAAGUCAGUGAUUUUUAGUGCUCCCUGGUAAAUAAUGUUAAUGACAAAAGUAAAUUCUUUCAUUGUUUUUUUUCCUGUGUUACUAUCUCUUCUCCUGUGCUCUUGACAGUGUGUUUAGUGGAUGGAUAAUACGUAUUUCUCUUUCCCACUCCCAGAUUCCAAAUUCCCUGCCUUUUUUGGCCCACCUCACCACAAAAGCUCCAUAGUUUAUUAAUGUAAGUUUGAAUGGAUGCUUCUUUGGGGAAACUGCAGAAGUUAAUGAAAAUGUUUCAGAAAGGAAUGAGAAUGUCUCUGGAGUUGUUCUGUGAUGGAAUUUGGUCUGUUGUUCUGUUAAUGCUGAUGGAAAGAAACUUACAGCGCUUAAUAAAAGUUUAUUCUUUUAGUAAAAAAAUGUGAAAUAA